CCCAGAUGGCAUUAAGAGUAGACAUACCCUUUCAUCACUCUUUAAAGUCCAGAGAUGGAAGGUUUGGGGGCAACUUUCUUAAUUUUGAGCUUCAUCAACUUUGCUCAUGGUUUCGCUGAGAAAAACCUCACAGCUGAAUUUGGACAAAACGUCACUCUUCCCUGCCACGCUCCUAAAAACAGCCCUGUAAAAGUUGCAGAGUGGAGCAGGGCUGAUUCGAAAGAGAAUCUUCUUCUGUACAGGGACGACCAGAUUGAUUUAGAGAACCAGGAGCCAGCUUUUAAGAAUCGUGUGAAUCUCCUGGACAGCAAAAUAAAAGCUGGAGAUGUGUCUUUAACCCUUCAGAAUGUGACGACUGAUGAUAAAGGAAGGUAUGAAUGUCGAGUUAUCCAAGGAGACACAAACCGAGGAAAGAGAGCAGUUUUAAAAAUGCAGCCAAUCAGCAUCAUCAACCUGGAUGUUGUCUUUCCUGAUGUCAAAGAUGACCAAAGAGAGCAUAAUGGAAGCUAUCGAGGACAUGGUGGUCUAGUCUGCAUGGUCGUCAUUGCUGCAGCUCUCACUGUAGUUUUGGCAUAUCUAGCAAGAAGGAAAAAUGAUAUCCCUCCUAUUGAAGCUAGUUAA